CUUCUUGGCGAAAGCUGAAUAGGCUCCAGUCACAUGCUAGGAAGCACUUUCCUCUAACUCAGGACUGCAGUACAAUCCCUGCAGCAGCAGGCUGCAAAGCUGGCUUUGCAGAAGAGCACUUUACAUGGACGCAGAGGAUGCCGCGGAGGCGGGAGUGAGCUUGCACACACACGGGACUUACCCGCAGGACCCUAGUUCUGUUUUCACUCAAGAUUGAAAGUUGUGAGUAAGAAGUUGCCCUUCUUUCUCCUACUCUAGAAGCCAUGAUUUCCAGGAAGGUGGUGGGAUCUGUUGUCUGUCUCUUUGUUGUUACCGCAUUUAUCUGGAUUACAGCUGGGAGUGGAAAGGUGCACUACCUCCCGUAUUACCUUCCUUGCCCCGAAAUCUUCUCCAUGAAACUCCAAUAUACAGAAGAGAAGCUAAUCCAGUUUUUCCCCCAAUUAUUUUAUCAGCAGCCAAGAGUGCUGGCUCCAAAGCGUCAGGACGUGCUGACGGUCACGCCAUGGCUGGCCCCCAUCAUCUGGGAAGGAACCUUCAGUGCUGAGGUCCUAGACAGUGCCUACAGGCCACUGAACCUCACCGUAGGGGUGACGGCCUUUGCCAUCGGGAAGUACACAAGGUUUGUGGGACGCUUCUUGGAGUCCGCAGAGAAGCAUUUCAUGAAGGGCUAUCGGGUGAACUAUUACAUCUUCACUGACAACCCCGAGACAAUUCCCACUGUCCAGCUGCAACCUGGACGAAGGCUUGUCAUUGUCCCCAUCAAGAAAUACCCCAGCUGGCAAGAGAUCUCCAUGCGCAGGAUGGAGGCCAUAAACAAGCACAUAGCAGAGACGAGCCAUGGGGAGGUGGAUUACCUCUUCUGCCUGGACAUUGACAUGGUGUUCUACAACGCCUGGGGGCCUGAGACCCUGGGGGACAUAGUAGCAGCCCUACACCCCGGCUACUUCAACGUUCCUCGAAGCCAGUUCCCUUAUGAGAGGAGGAGCUCUUCAGCAGCCCACAUCCCUGAUGGAGAAGGGGACUUCUACUAUGGAGGAGCUGUGUUUGGAGGGCUGGUCAAGAAAGUCUACGAGUUCACCAAGACUUGCCACAUGACCAUCCUGACGGACAAAGCCAAUGGGAUCAUGGCAGCCUGGCAGGAAGAAAGUCAUCUCAACAGGCACUUCCUCUCCCACAAACCUUCCAAGGUGCUUUCUCCAGAGUAUUUAUGGGAUGACAGGAAGCCAAAGCCUCCUGAAAUUCACCUCAUACGUUUUUCCACGGUGGAUAAGGACUACAAAGAGAUACGGGAUUGACCAUCUGAUCCCUGCAGAGCUGUCCUCCACACAACCAAACCCACUGAAUGUUAUCUCCCACAGGAUGUACCCCACCACGAAUUUUUGUUCCCAGUGUGAACAAAGUGAGAAAGGAACCCAUGGAUAGUUUCUCCAGAGAACAGGAGUCUUAAUGCAUUACAAAAGCAGCAGCCAAAGUGGAGACUCUUCUUAGUGCUGUGGUGCUGGAGGAAGACACCCUGCUACGCAACUAAACCAGAGCUGAAUCUCCUGUGAAGAUGUCUGUGUUUGGUAACCAGGCACAUCAUCUAAGCCAAAAGGAUGAAGAAAGAUCCUUAUCCAAAUAUUUCCAAGAAAAAAAGGUAUAUUCCCACCAACCCAGGGUUAAUACUGUAUAUUUCUUACUUAUAAAAUAGUUGUGUCGAAGGCCGUGACUGAAACUGGGGUCUCAUUAUGCCAGUUCCUAUAUAUACAUGCAUAUGGAUUCUUUUACAAGCCAGAAGGAACUGUCUAGUCUGAUCUGCACAGGACAAGCCAGAUAAUUUUAUCUCCCGAUGUCAGUAUCAAAGCUCAUAAGACGUAUCUGGGCUGUGCUAGAUCUCUUAGAAAAGCAUUCAGAUCCAAUAAAAACAUGAGGUGAUGUAGCAGCCACAAAGCCAAUGGCUAAUUCCCCUUACGUCUUAAUUCUGCUCUAAAUUCAGCUCUAAACUGCUCUGUGUUUGCAGCCAUGAGGCUUCGUUCUGCCAUACUACUUGAAUUCCUGUGCAGAAUUCAUAGCCUGUACUAAAUCCCCCAUGAAAGGAAGUUCUCCAGCACAAAUGAUGUGUGAUAGAGGGUUGCCUGUGUUUCUGGGGUACCUUUUCUGAAAAACUUGUGAGAGGUUUGGUCCUGGGCUCUGUUUCCUGUCACUGACGUGGCAACGGCCUGAUUUGUGCAGCGCCAAACACGUUUAUCUUCUUGGCAGGCCCACAGCUGCUCCCCGGGGGGAGGUCUUGUGUCACAUCUUAUGUGACACAGUUCUGCACGGCAGGGCUGGGAUUUGAAACAGCACCUAGAAACUCCCUGUCUCCAGGGAGCGGAAGAGUGGGACUGCAGAAACACACUCCCCAGCGCAGUGUGGGAGAGGCUCCCUGAGUCAGCUUGUGCCCUCCUCUAAUUAAUGAAAGUUUGGACUUCUGCUGUCAGCUCCUGCUGAUUAAUCCCCUUCCCUCAACACCAUCAGCGAGCUCUCCUUCUCAUUUAGACUGUGCACCCUGAGGCUUGUGGCAGCGUGGGAGCUUCACAAGGACCUACUUCCUGACCUGAAUUUCCCCCCAGGAUCCAUUGUUCAGUGGGGAAACUGAGGCACGUGGGAGCAAGGCAGCAGCCACGCGCUCCUGCAUGGGAAGUUUUCCUCCAGUCGCCACAGAGGAUGAUGCUGUCUCGAGUGUUCUUGUGCCAAGGGAAUUUGGACGUGGAAACACGCACCCAGUACUUCACGUUUAAUGAAUUCACCCCCUGUAAGUAAAUCUUCAGCCGAUUUACAGUGCCUGAGGAUCUGAUCAUUCUUUCGAGGUGUUUCCGACUCAAGCCCUGUUUGUCCUUAACCAAGCCUCAGAUCAGCAGCCUGUUGCCUUCCCAAGGGCCCCUUGUUCCCUCCGUCCCUUUCUGCUCGGCUGGAACAGACUCAUCAUUCAUUGUCCAUCUAAUUUAAGAACCCAUCUGACCAGCUUUUUCUUUCCUCGUCUCGGCUGGUGACUUGCAUGGUGCAUUCAUCCCCAAAGGGAAAACUUUUCUGGGCAGCAAGAAACAGAAACUGCCAGCAUGGAAUACGAUCCUGGGGGGGCCCAGACCAGGACCCUCUUGUUCUCCUCACGGAGAGGACAGGAAUCAUUUCCACUAAACCAGACUAGCACCCUUUUUUACUCCUAUUCAGAUUUCCCUUAACCCUCGCACAGGUGGUGUCGCCUGACAUCAUUGACCAGAAAUGCCAUUUUGAACCACUUGGAUACGCUGCAAUAGUUAACAAAAAGACUGGCCUAGCCAAACCUUCUCUGUGUGAGAUCUGUGGCUGGGGGGCACGGCAGCGAGAUGGUCUUUGAGCAGCCGUGGAUGAGGAAAGGAUGAGAACAUCAGUUAUAUAUUCCCUGCACAAAACCAGCUUGGGGAAUAGCCACGUGCAUCUGGCUGGCUUAACGCAGCUAAAGCGGGAGGGUGGUGGAAAGGAGCUGGAAGGCUGGGAGCUCCCUGCCAGAAUGGCUGGUUUUACUCUCCCACCCUUUGUCCCACCUGUUUAGCCCGUGGAUUUCAAGGAAGGGCCUGUCUCUGCUCUGUGCCUGCCCAGGGACCAGUCUUAGUCACUCACGCGUGAAGGUAAGAUACGCAGAGUGAGUUUCUCAGUGAGGAUUUGCUUCAGUCACCAGGGUUACUAUUUUCUCACUUGAAUCCCCCCGGCUCUGCUUCA